AUGAUUGAAGAACUAGUAGCUCAUCUCCUGACGGUAUUUACGGAUAUAGUGGCUGGCCUACACAGAUCAGCAGUGCAUACACCAUCAAUAUUAGAUUAUGGAAAGUACUUCUUGAUCUUUUUUGUUCCCCCUUUUACUGCAGUGAUUGCAUAUGACCAUUACUUUCCCAUAUUUGAAGGAGUGAACUUGUAUUUAGUACUUGUUGUUGCAACCCCAAUCACAGUUAUCACUCCAGUAUUAGUAUUUGCAGUGUUUCGCUACUUUGGUGGGCAGUGGUUGGUCAAUUGGUACCUUAGAAAGACAUCAAGAUACCUGAAUUUCUGUAGAUUGCCGUCUGACUACACCAAAUCACUGCUACCAAGUGAUACAGUCAAAUGGCAUUAUCAACUUGUUGGAAGUGCAGCAGAUCAUGGUUUUGGAUUUUUUCCUUUACCAAGCACAAAUUUUGGGAUAUUUCCUUGGUCAAAUACUUCCCUUGUUCAAGAUGUGGAUAUCAAUGUAUUUUACAAGCCACUACUCAUAAGCUUAGAUAAUAUUAUUCCUACAUCUCCAGGAUAUUGUAACAUCAUAAUGAAAGAAUCAACAUAUGAUGCAUUUCUGCAAGACUGUAUCGUCAAAUCUGGAUCUCAAGCUUUACUUUCUGGACGAUUGAUUUCAGAAAAGAUAGGAAAAGAAUUUGUAGGAAGGGACAUCGAGUACAACUACCCUGCCAUAACAUUCAAAUCAAUGUUGGAUGGCCCUCGAGGCAAGUUCAGAUUUGACAGUGACGUUGUCUUUGGAGUCAAGAUUUUGACAAUGAAGUAA